UUCUUUAAUGCAUCCAGAGGAAAUGACAAACCAGAGGUGCUCUGUGGCCAGGCAUGUCAAAUAACAACACCGAUCCCGGGCUUUAGCCUCAGCCGCUCAACCCGAAAACCCCCACACGGGAAUGCGCUAAGUGGACAUCUGCGGUAGCGCUCGUUACUCCGCGGACGCCCGGGGGCUGGAGCUGAAUGGACGUCGAUGGACUGGACUGACAUCCACUUCAGGCGGACCGAGCGAGUUGGCGACAGAGAGACCUGCGUGUUCAAGUUUCCUGCUCCGAGCCGAGGGGCAUCGCCGUGUGCGCGUUGGAUGCGUUUGGAGGUGCGCGUUGGGUGCGUUGCGCCCGCAGGAGCGCAGGAGGUGCUGGAGGAGCUGGAGGUGGCAGCGGGAAGCGAAGUUUAGCGCCGUGAUUUUUUUUUUUUUUUUUUUUUGCUUUUUAUUGCGUUUAAUUCUGGUGCCCCCCCUACCUUCAACUUUUGUCUGUGUCGCUAUCAUGUCCCGUAAGCGGACAGGCGGGUUGACGUUUCCCCGAUGAAAACGGAUCACCUGUGCGGAGGCUCAGUGAUCGUGACUGUGACGAUGAUGGCGAGCAAGAGCGUGGAGUGGCUGCAGGACGAGCUGGAGUCCGGGGCCGGCGCGCUGCUGCUGCUGGACUGCAGAGCCCACGAGCUGUACGAGUCCUCGCACAUCGAGUCGGCCAUCAACCUGGCCAUCCCGGGCCUCAUGCUGCGGAGGCUGAAGAAGGGCAACCUCCCCAUCCGCUCCAUCAUCCCCAACAACGAGGACAAGGAGAAAUUCGUCAAGCGGUGCAAGACGGACGUGGUGCUCCUGUACGACGAGGCGACGUCGGAGCGACACGAGUCCGGGCUGGGGAGCUCCGUGAUGGGGCUGCUGCUGCAGAAGCUGCGGGACGACGGCUGCAAAGCUUUCUAUCUGGAGGGAGGCUUCAACAAAUUCCAGUCGGAGUAUCCAGAACACUGCGAGACCAAUCUGGACUGCUCCUGUCCCAGCAGCUCCCCGCCGGCCUCCGUCCUGGGCCUGGGAGGACUCCGCAUCAGCUCCGACUGCUCCGACGGAGAGUCGGACCGGGAGCCGAGCAGCGCCACCGAGUCCGAGGGCAGCCCGCUCCCCAACAACCAGCCUGCCUUCCCCGUCCAGAUCCUGCCAUACCUUUACCUGGGCUGUGCCAAAGACUCGGCGAACCUGGACGUGCUCAGCAAGUACAACAUCAAGUACAUCCUGAACGUCACGCCCAACCUGCCCAACAUGUUCGAGCACGAGGGAGACUUCAAGUACAAACAGAUCCCCAUCUCCGAUCACUGGAGCCAGAACCUCUCGCAGUUUUUCCCCGAGGCCAUUUCGUUUAUCGACGAGGCUCGUUCCAAAAAGUGCGGCAUCCUGGUCCACUGCCUGGCCGGCAUCAGCCGCUCGGUCACCGUCACCGUGGCCUACCUGAUGCAGAAGCUCAACCUGUCGCUCAACGACGCCUACGACUUCGUCAAGCGGAAAAAGUCCAACAUCUCCCCCAACUUCAACUUCAUGGGCCAGCUCCUGGACUUUGAGCGGACGCUGGGCCUCAAGAGCCCCUGCGACAACCGCUCGACCUCGCCGCAGCCCGACCAGCUCUUCUUCACCACACCGACCAAUCACAACGUGUUUCAGCUGGACACCCUUGAGUCCACUUGAAAGUAUGACUUGAGACUGUCUCGACCCCCCCGUCUCUUUCUAUCGAGAGGUCGGCGGUAACAAGCGGCUGCUCUUGGAGGAAAGCAGCCGGGGUUUAUUGAAAGUUUUCGCCUCCUGAGGCUCCUUGUCGGAGAGUCUGGCCACAGAGCUGCUCUAGAGCGACAGGAGGGGUCGCUGAAGCCGGGUUUACGAAGACGCGAGCGGAGUUUCUUUAACCCAGAGCGGGGGAACUGUGGGUUUACACCUGAGCUGUCGCUGAAAUUGAGGCUCGACUGAGCUGACUGACAGCUUAAUACAAAGAUAGGAACGCGGAGGAUCCACAGAGAUGACGUUGGCGGCGUCUCAUGGAGAAUCUGGGAUUUACUCGCUCUACUGAAUGUAGAGCAUUUCUCUUUUUUUUUUUUAAACCAAGGAAUUAACAAACUUAAAAGUAUGUAAGUUUGUACUGUAUGUAUGUUAACGUACAUAGCAGAACAUGUAUGAGAAGUCCUUAACAGAUUAAAUAUGUCUAUAUGCAUUUUUUGUAUAUUUUUAUGUACAUUUACGCACAGAUCUGUACCUUUAUAUAAUUAUAUACUCGUUAUCUUU